CAAUCUUAAUUGCAGCAAGCUUGUAAGUUUCCUUGUCGAGGUGUUUUCUACAAGUUCUUGACACACAUUAUGGCUCCGUCAACAAGCUUUGUCUUUGUUUUUGUUCUUCUUGCUCUGUCUUCGGUUUGUUUCUCUCACAGACCUGGCGGCGGCGGCGAUGGUUAUGGUUAUGGCGGUUAUUUGUACCCUCAAUUCUAUGACCAUUCUUGUCCAAUGGCUCAAGACAUUGUGAAGUCCAUUGUGGCUAAGGCUUUUGCUAAGGAACCUCGGAUUGCUGCUUCAUUGAUUAGGCUUCAUUUCCAUGAUUGUUUCGUCAAGGGCUGUGAUGCUUCACUGUUGUUAGAUAGCAGUGGGAAAAUUGCUAGCGAAAAAAGGUCCAAUCCAAAUAGGAACUCUGCUAGAGGAUUUGAAGUGAUUGAUGAGAUCAAAUCUGCCUUAGAAAAAGAGUGUCCACAAACUGUUUCUUGCGCUGAUAUUUUGGCCAUUGCUUCAAGAGACUCCACCGUCAUAACAGGAGGGCCCAGUUGGGAAGUCCCGCUAGGAAGGAGGGACUCGAGAGGAGCAAGUCUAAGUGGGUCUAACAAUCACAUCCCAGCUCCAAACAACACAUUCCAAACCAUUCUCACAAGAUUCAUGAGACAGGGCCUUGAUAUUGUUGAUCUUGUUGCUCUUUCAGGAAGCCACACUAUUGGAAACUCUCGAUGCACUAGCUUCAGGCAACGGCUUUACAACCAAUCUGGCAAUGCUGAGCCUGACCCUUCACUCGAUCCAUCGUACGCUGCUGAAUUGCGCAGACGAUGCCCAAGAUCAGGGGGUGAUCAGAACCUCUUUUUCUUGGACUUUGUCAGCCCGACCAAAUUUGACAACUAUUACUUCAAGAACCUUUUGGCUGGAAAGGGUUUGCUAAACUCAGAUCAAGUCCUCUUGACAAAGAACCAACAAUCAGCGGAGUUGGUGAGGACAUAUGCAGAGAAUUCAGAGCUCUUUUUUGAGCAAUUUGCUAAGUCCAUGGUUAAGAUGGGGAACAUUUCUCCUCUCACAGGUUCAAGGGGAGAGAUCAGAAAGAACUGCAGGAGAGUAAACAAGAAUUAGGACGAUCAAGAUUUUUUUUUUUUAAUGUAUUGCAUCUGAAGUGUGUUCUCAUUUA